CACCCACAAAAAUCAGAAGAAGAACAAUAGCAGAUCUGAUGUUGACCUCCUUAACAUUGAAGAUUGACUUCUUUGAAAACCGGCUCCUUCCUCUACUCCUAUUUCGGCUCAACAUAUUGGGGUUGGGUUAGAAGGGCAAUUUUGUCCUGUUUAUUUGAGACGGAUUGGGGUGGGUUUACGUUUCCUGUCAUUUAGUGUGCUUUUUGGGGAUGGGAGACCAUGCCUACGAUAGAAAGAGACAGAGAGAGACAGAGCGAGAGAGAUAGGGAGAGGGAGGAGUGGGGAUCUCAGCGCCAGAAAGAGGGCAGAGAGCAUGCUAUGCGUUUUUUGGGCUUAACGGGUUACCCCCACGCGGUUGGUGAGCAGAGGAGGUCUGAGGAAAGUAUGGGAGAGGAGAGGGUUUUCAGUUUUCUACUCUGAUUCAACAGAUUUCAUAAAUUUGGAUCGUUGGAGGAAGAAGUUGGUUCUAUACCGUUUUGAGAUUCAUGGAGAUAAUGUCGCUUCAUUCUCUAAGACCAUACCAGCCAGCAAACAAGCUCCAAAUCAGGGUUUACAGGAUGUGGAUCACAAAAACCAUCGAAGAUGAUCCUCAGCCACAGAGUCUUGAUUAUGUGUUUGUUGAUAAACAGGGGGAUGCAGUUCACGCAACUGUGAAUGCUCGAGACAUUCAAUUUUUUUUGGACCUUCUGAGAGUCGGCGAUGCAUACGAGAUCACUAAAGUUCGUGUUGUUCACAACAGGACAUCGAGCAAAGUUGUCCCUCAUCCUGCAGCGCUUGAAUUAAAUAGGAGAACCACAUUCGUUCCAAUUGACAAAACAAACCAGGAGAUCCCAAAGCAAUGGUUCAAUUUGAUUGACCUUGAUCAACUUCAUAAGAGAAUCAACAACGAUGUUGAGCUUACAGAUGUGUUUGGUUAUUUAACGGCUGUGCAGCCGAUUGAAGACGUGACUGUCCAAAAGUCAAGAAUUGCGAAGAAGAAGAAUCUUAACUUGCAAGAUAUCAGGGGCGAAACGAUUAGGAUCACCUUAUGGGGAGAAGCUGCAACAACUUUUGAGGACAGUGGAAUAAAAUCCCUUCCACCACCUAUCUUCGUUGUUGUAACAAGCCUCAAUGUCAAAGAAUACCAAGGAAACCCUGUUCUUGGAAACACUGGAUCAACUGUUUAUAUUUUCAAUCCAGAGAUUCCGCAGCUCACCCAAUACAAACAAAAACCGUGCUGUUGGUCCUAAUUUUGAGUCCAAAACAAUUGAUGAGCUCCUUCUACUUGAUCCUGCUUUACACAAAAAUGCAAGUUUUGCAUGCAAAGCGACUGUCGUUGUAUUUGAUUUGACUAGAGGUUGGUGGUACAAGUCGUGCCCAUUCUGCCAUAAAGCUGUAAAAAAAACUUCCGGAUCAUUUCAGUGCAAUGAACAUGGUUUAUUAAACAGGUUACCUGAACCAUGGUUCAAAAUCAAUAUUAUAGUGGAAGAUAGCACAAAUCAACACAACUUCCUCAUGUUAGGAAGGCAUGCUGAAAAGAUACUUCAUGUUUCUUGCCACACUAUGGUAAUAGAAGAUGGAUAUGACGAUCCCUUUAUCGUGCCACCGCCUCUAAAAAAAUUGGUGGGAGAGACAAAAAGAUUUUUGCUAUCUUUUGGCAAUCAAAACAGUGAUUUUCGGAAGACGGACUUUAUCAUUUAUGGAUUGCUUCAAGAUCAGCUGCCCUUAAACCCAGCGACUGCCUCAAUUGACCCGCAAACGCCUCCUGCCACUACAGGAAAACAAAUUAUAAGUGAAGCGACUCCCGCCCCAGUGAUGCCUUCCCUGCAAUCAGAUCGCCAUCCCCAAUCGGUUGCAUCUCCCAAAACUUCAAAGAGGGCAUUGUUCAUUGAUCAAGCAGACAAACCAGACAGCAAAAAAACUCGCACCGGGCAAACAGAGACAACCAAUUCUGCUAGAAUUGCCAGAGAAUUCCAUAAACUGGUUGUCCCUAAGAUUGAGCCUGCCGAUAAAGAACCGAUAGCUGCACUCAAAACAAAGUCUCAAGCCAAAAAAACCAAGGAUAGUACUGAAGAUGUUCGGCCACCAAAAAAAUGAAUGACUAUAGUCUUCGUUAUGAAUUGCUACAAAGUUGCUCUACAGUUUUUUGCCUUUAAAACAUGUGCAGCUGAAAACUUAGUUGUGGAAACAACAACAUAACAUUUUUUUGGGUUUUUUGUAACUGCUUAAACAGGUGCCUAGGCUGCAGGGUAUGUAUUUUGUCACCUUAACUAUAGGGGCAAAAUAUGUGUGGACUGCAUCUUCCUUUUGUAACUAAUGGAAAUAGGCAUGCUGCAUCUUUAUUCCUUUGAACAUUUGAGUUUCUUUUUUGUAACUACUUAAACAAGUGCCUAGAUUGCAGAGCAUGUAUUUUGUCACCAAAACUGUAGAGGCAAAAUAUGUGGACUGUAUCUUCCUUCCCUAACUUAUGGAAACAAGCACAUUACAUCUUUGUUGCUUUGAACAUAUAUGCUUGAAAGAUAAGCUGCCAAAACAAAAACAACCUACUUUUUCAC